UUGUCUGCAGAGAAGAACCACGCCCACCCAGGCUAGGGACCCACGGGACAGAAACACCCCGGGAUGGAAGAGCUGGGGCAGAGACUCGUUGGAGUGGGACUGAGUACGGAGUAUUGGCUGCCCAAACUACGAGACAGAUUGGGGGUUACCUCUGCACAGGCUUUGGAACACCUAACGUACGAAGACUACCUCACGCUGGAAGGGGAAGUUCAGCACAAGUGGGAAAAGCAGGCUCUCCGAAGCCUUCUUAACAUAGCUGAGAAGAAGGCCACGAUGCAGCAGCUGCAGGGGGAGCGCGUGGAGGGGCUGAGGAAGAGACAGGAGCAGGCGAAGUCGGCGCUGCAGGAGCUCAAGGCGAUGCAGGAGCAAGGCAGAAACCGCCAGGACGAGGUUGUAAGGAGGAAAGAGGAGGAGCUGCGGAGAGCGAUGGACGUGGCCCCUGAGUAUUGGGCACCGGCUGAGGUGCCAUUGAUGAAGGUGAUGGAGAAUGUGCACAAGCAAUUAAAUCUCUCCGAGGAGUUGAUGUCCCAGAGUGAGACUCUCCCUGACAGGGAAGUUGUGAGACGGGCGUCGGGGGGGCUGGCCCUGCAGGGCAUUUACAAAACCAACCAGCUUGCCGAGAUGGUGGAGAAGCGCGAGCAGCUCCUGGAGCUCCCAGACGGGUUGGAGCUCUUUGGCCCACAGCAAGGGCCCUUGUUUGAGAUGAAGGAGUUUUCAUCAGCAACAGCAGAGUCCACAUUCACACGGACCAUGGAAAAGCUGGGCUUCAGCAUGAGCCUCGCAGUCAAGGGUGGGUUUGGGGGGUUUAGUGCAGAAACCAGCACCAACUACAGCAGCUCGUCAGAGUCCGAAAGCUCCCACAGGUCCCACUCUGAGCGCACCUACCUCUGCACCACCAAGUACAGCUACAUCCCCCUGGCCUCCUGCUACUUCCCCAAGGACCGGCUCCGACUGUCCAGCGCCGCGCUGCAGGAGUUAAAAGAGAUCGAGCAGCUUUUGAGUCUCACCCCAGAGCCCGACACGCUCCCCCUGCUGAAGAGCCGGGCUGGGAAUUUCUUCAAGCGAUUCGGGUCUCACGUGAACCAGGGCCCCCUCCACCUGGGUGGGAUAUUCUGGUGGAAAGCGGCGUCGCAGGGAUUCCGGGCAGAGCAGCUGGAUGAGGUGAAGAAACAAGCAUCUGACGAGCUCCGCUCUUACAUCGGGGGCAGCUACAGCGGCUUGGGCUGGGGUAUUGCAGCCGGUGUCACUGUAUCCAACUCAGGUUCCAAAGCCUCCUUUCAGGGCACAGACAGAAAACAGGAGCAAACAGAGAUUCAGCUGCGUGUGACCAAGACGGGCGGCCCCCCUGGAGUGGAGUCACUCGCAGCAUGGAAAUCUGGGCUGCUGGCCAGUAACAAGACCUGGUCUGUGAUUGACAGAGGCUCUCAGCUGACUCCAGUGUGGGACAUAAUCCUGGCCAAUCACAGACAAGAUUUUAAAGACGUUUAUCAAAUGGGCAGCAGCCUCACAAGGGCCUAUGAAGCCCUAACAACCCUAACUGCCAGCCCAUUGGCUGGGGCGGGAACAGUCAGUGCAUGGGAUGAGGCCAGAUCCUUCCUAGAGGAAAUGAAGACCUGGGAAGUCACAGGGGAUGAAGGGCAGCUGGUGACGCUGCUCAAGUUCAAAGAGAAGCUGAAUGAAAAGACAAGAAGCCCGAGUAUGUGGAUCGACAUUUGCCUCUCAGACAAGGGGCUUCAAGAUUUCCUGGAACGUACAGUUUCACGGUGCAGAGAGUCACCUGUCCCAAAUGAGAGGUACAUCAGAUCUUUGCUGUACUGCCUUCUGGAUCCUGACAUCUAUUCCGUUCAGAAUUUCCCCAAAUCUUCUUUCGUUAUGCAAUGGAUUUUCCCGUCAGCAGCAGAACAAGCAGAUCGGAGCUCCAGCCCCAGCUCUGAGCUUACAGAUUUCACUCAAGUUUUACAGCAAAUGGAAAGUGACAUCAGGGAUGUUACCAGUGUCUCUUUGACUUCUCCAGCAGCAGAGCAUGAAACGAAGAGAAAAGCUACUCUGACUCUCAGCUUAUCCAUCUAUUCAUUACUGCAGGCUCUAAGACAGAGAGCCGAGACCGACAUAGAAUUGUUACUACUCUCAAUUGUAGCCAGCGCAGGCUACCGUGUGGACAGUCACACUUUUCAGUAUCUCCUCGAGUGCUCAGAAAUUAACUUCCUGCUAAAAGAAAUGCAAACAGCAUAUGGGACAUAUUUGACCCUAAGGGAUCAGGGUGUUUCCAGAGCUCAGGCUUUCAUGCUGCUGACAGGUCUGACAGUAGCAACUAAAAAUCAAGUGAUGGCCCCCAAAGAGAAGAGGAAACGUUUGAAUUUUAUUAAAUCUCACAUGGGCAACUCGCUGUCAGAGGAAGUUACUUUUGUCCUUACAAAGCACGGGGUGCUCACUGAUUGGAAAGCAUUGGAAAGAGAUUUGAAAUCCCUUGUGAAUGGAACAUUUAAAGCCACAAAUGAUGAUCAGCAGAAGGAAUAUAUUAAAAAAGAAUUAGAAAAUGUGUUUCAAGAAAGUAAGCUGGUAAAUUCAGCAGUGACAACAUGCGAAGAAGUGCAGCCCACAGGAACUAAGACAAAUGAAUUUCCUCAAACUGCAGGAUUUCAAAAAUUAAUCAGGCGACUUAACCUUGAAAGUUACUAUCCAAAUAAAAUGGGGAUGGCAGAUUUCCAGAAAAUUCGCAAAACAUCUUUAAAUGACAACCACCCCAGCAAUGAAAGUGAGCUGUCAUUUUACUUUUUGGAUAAGCUGUUGAUGCUGGACUAUCGGGCAAGAAGUUUCAUAUGCAAGAAUGACAGUAAAAUAGAACAAGACAUGGCCAAGACAACAAACACCAGUGAUGAUGUGAACGAACCCUCAGAUGAUCUAGAUGAAUUGUUUAAUGAUAAUGAUGAAUCUAACGAAUUUGCUGAAAGUAAUGAGGAUCAGGUGCACCCUAUGGAUGUCCAGAUGGCAAUUUUUCUCUGUGCAGAUGAUUUCAUGAGGCAAUAUAUUUCAACAAAGCUCGCUUUAUGUCAAUUUGCUCUCCCACUUUUGGUGCCAGAUCCACAUUCUCCACAAAUAGAACUUCCUUUUUGGUCCUUUUGCCAAGUUAACAAGAAAUGGCAGAGUCGUCAGGAUUCACAAAAUAAGGCUGGGGUUAGGAAAUGUGAAGAUAAAUUGAUAUAUCAGGCAGAUAUACCACUGGUGUCCUUCAUAAGAUUUGGUGCGUCUUCUUUUUCUAAAUCUCAGCUUUUAAAUACACUGCUGAGUAAGCAAAAACAUAAUAUUUUUUUCCAUCGUCAUUGUAGAGGCAGUAUUAAAAACUGCCUCUUGAUGGAAGGUGUUGUAGAAAUCACCUGGUACUGUCCUGGCGGAAAGGAUGAUGACAGUUUUGAGAACUGCAUCGCGUUCACCAAUCUUCAUGGAGAUGCAAGAGAACAUGAGCGACAAGUCAAAUUUUUACGGGAAAUAGCGUCAGUCAGCGUGGUCCUCUUGUCAGAGGUUGAUCAGAAUGAAAAGGGCAAGAAGGUUUUAAAAGACCUCGUAAAAUCUCCCAAACCUCUCAUCUUUCUCUGUACUGACAAAGAGCAAACACCAGUUAACAAGACUAGAAAUCGAGUAAAAAUAGCUGUAAAGAACCAGAAUGAGGCACGAUUAAUGGAUGCACUGACCACUGCAAUUAAAAGUGCCAUGGAAAUUUCGAAUAUUUCUUGUAGCCUUGGUAAAUGUGCAAACAUUGCACGAGAGCAUGGAUUCCACAUUGACAAAGACAAAAAAGAAUGCAAGGAUGGUUAUCUGAAACAGAAAGGUAUUUUAGAUGUUAAGGAGGAAUUAUUACCUCUCCAAGGAAAAUUGUGGCAUGAGUGGUGUAAGACGGAUAAAAAGCAUGCCCAUUUGCAGGACAAUGAGAACAUGAGCAUAGAACAGCAGCUAAGCCAAAUAAAAUCAGAAAAGCAUAAAAUACGAAAGGAUCAGUUACAGAAAGCAUUUCCCCUGAAGGAACUAAUGAGGUCAGUGCUUUCAACUCUGAAUUUAUCUUCCCACAAAACUAAAAUUUACUUUUUACAGUGGCUGCAAGUAUUUAUAGCUGAUCUGUCUUCUGAUCAUCUUCCAGAGCUUCACCAAAAAUACCAUGAGUUGUGGUCACAAGACCAAAGAAGAAAAAAUAAUGACUUGCAAAAACAAUUAGAAGAAUUAUCACGUAAAAUAAAUGAAUCUACUUUUGGUCUUGAGCAUCUUUUGAGAGAGGUGGGUCAGAUUUAUGAAGCUCUGGAUGUACUACUUGGGCAGGCUGAAUGCCAUCUUAAACUGCCGCAGAUUGUGGCUGAUUUGAUGGUUUCAGGGUAUCCUAUCGAGCUCCUGGAUGGAGACACUUCUUAUGUGCCAUUGAAAUGGAUCGGAGCCAUCUUUGACAAGUUAAUUGAGAAGCUGGGAGACAAAAAGGUGUUUGUUCUUUCUGUGCUUGGCAUCCAGAGCACUGGGAAAUCAACCCUCCUGAACGCCAUGUUUGGCCUCCAGUUUAAAGUCAGUGCAGGGAGGUGCACCAGGGGAGCCUUCAUGCAGCUAGUUAAGGUGGAUGAUGAGCUCAGAGAAGAGCUGAACUUUGACUUUGUGGUGGUUAUCGACACUGAAGGACUUCGGGCCAUAGAGCUAGAAAACAGAUCAGCACUCAGUCAUGACAAUGAGCUAGCCACUUUUGUCAUUGGUCUGGGCAACACAACGAUGAUCAAUAUCUUUGGCGAGAACCCUUCAGAAAUGCAAGAUAUCCUGCAGAUCGCUGUCCAGGCGUUUCUGAGGAUGAAGCAAGUCAAGCUCUCCCCAAGCUGCUUGUUCGUGCACCAGAAUGUUGGCGACAUAACGGCAAAAGAACAGAAUAUGGGAGGACGAAGAUGCCUUCAGGAGAAGUUAGAUGAAAUGGCCAUUAUUGCAGCCCAGCAAGAAUCCUAGUGCUGUGAUGUAACCUGCUUUAGUGACGUUAUCCGAUUUGAUGUGAACACCCACAUCCAUUACUUUCCUCACCUCUGGGAAGGGGACCCACCCAUGGCACCUCCCAACCCCAGCUACAGCCAAAGUGUGCAGAGACUAAAGAGAAAGAUUCUUGUGACUGCCAUGGAAAAAUCUGAACAUGGAUUUCUAAGUCUGUCAGACUUAAAAAAGCGUACUCAGGACCUGUGGGCGGCUUUGUUAAAUGAGAACUUUGUAUUCAGUUUUAAAAAUACUCUGGAGAUUGAAGUGUACACCAGACUGGAAAACAACUACAGCAAAUGGACCUGGGAACUGAGACGUUUCAUGCUUGGUCUGCAGAACAAGCUGAACAUCCAAAUUCAGAAUGGAAAAAUCUCUGACAUAGAUAGAGCAGAUAUUGAGAAAAGAGUUCAAGAAAAAUAUGAUGCUACUGAAAAGGAUCUAGAAAGUUAUUUUAGCUUGGACAAGUACAGUGACAUACUGAUUCAGUGGAAAGCAAAUAUUAAAAGUAGAAUGAACUUUUUCAGACAAGAUCUGAUUGACAGCAUCUGUAGAAGGGGUCAAGAACAGAUUGAUCUGAAGAAUCGUCAAAACAGUUUUGAACAAAAGAAAUCCACCUAUAAAGAUGAGUUGCUUAGAAAAAGCAAAGAGUUGGCCCGAGAUUUCAGAGAUAAGGAAUUGAGUGAAAGUGAUCUUAGAACUCAGUUUAUACUUGUGUGGAACGACUGGAUUACUGACGUGUCCUCUGCUGCCCAUCGUGUGGAUGAGCCCAAUAUCCAUCUUGACAUGGAAACUUUCCUUCUGGGUCAUUUUAAAUCAGAACAUGAUAUACAUAACAGGAUUGCAAGAUCCUCUGAAUGGACUGAUUUUCCUCUGGACUUUUCUGAGCAUGGGAUGAAGUCAUGGAAUCUACUGAAGAAGACUGAUAAAAGUGAUGUUCUGAAAAUGAAAGACUCGCUAAAGGAGCAUAUCUGUGAACACAUUGAGACCAAAGCAAGAGAGAUAAUGAAUUACAGCUCCAGUUACUUUCAUGAAAUAGUGGACUUAAUAAGCAAGAAGAUAGAAUCUGAUUCAAAGAAAGUAAAUUCUACAUUAACACCUUCAUACAAAGUGGAUAUAUCUCUAUAUUUUUGCCAAAUGGCCUCAAGAAAGUUUAGCGAAACACUCAAAGCAUUCCAGGAGUCAAAUAAUCCAGCCGGAUAUCUUGAAAGUAAGAGAGAGGAAUUCUUUAGCUCUUUCAAAAUUGCCUGCCAAGGAGCAACAUCCACUGCAACUUUUGCAGAUAUUUUAUGCAGCAAUCUGAAAUUUGCUAUCCGUGACGCAGUCUAUGACAAGACUGCCAUUGACAUCGCAAAUGAGAUGAAAUCGAACCAUGAAGCCUUCAAUGGCAAUCGAAGGAAAUUGGAAACAUUCAUACUACAUGAUCUUUUAGUUCAGGAAGAUUUUGAAAGAUACCAAGAGUAUAUCUAUAACCCAGGUUAUUGUAUGGAAGGUUUUAUCAGACGAGCUGUUGAUAGCUAUUGCUUAGAUAAAAAAAAUCCAAAAUUGAAAAAAUUCUUAAAUUCAAAUCUUGAUUCUUUCCAAGCUCUCGUUCUUUCAGCAGUUCAUGAAUCAACUAAUGUUGUCAAAGACAAACAUGGCAAUGUAGCUUUGUGGUUGGAUGAAUUUUGUACCAGGCUUGGAGAUGAUUUGUACCUUCCCAGAAGCAGUCUGCAAAGCAUCGAACAUCAAGAGAUAACAGACAUACAAUUUCUGAAAGAAGUGGUGAGUGAGUCACUGAUUCCUGUCUUAGAACAGCUGAAACAAACAUUCUCUGAGACUGAUUUGGACCCAUUUCCCUCAAAACCUCAUGAAAUCCUAUUUGAGCAGUUCCGUGGGUGUUUGAAGCAGUGUCCCUUUUGCAAGGCUGUCUGCACAAACACAAUUCCUGGUCACGAUGGAGACCACAGCACUGAUUUCCAUCAUCCUCAGGCCAUGACUGGCAUUCAAUGGGAAGGAACAAAUCAUCUAGUCACGGACAUCUGCUCCAGCCUUGCAGGAAGUGACUCCAAAAUAGUCCUUGGUGAAAAAACAAUUCAAUUCAAAAGGUAUCGAGAUAUAGGACCUGACUUUGCAAACUGGAACAUCAAACCAGAUACCUCACAAAUGUCUUAUUGGAAAUGGUUUGUCAGUCAUUUCAGAUCUGACUUAGAAAAAGCUCAUAAUGGAAAAUUUGAAGGGAAGGGUGCAAUCCCAAGAAGUUGGGAAAAUAUAGACAAGACCGAUGCAGCCAAACAUAUACUAAUUUUAAUGUUGAGUGGCCUUAAUGAUAAAUAUCUUGAAUUUACAAGAAAUUAUGCUGUUAAAGGGAUAUGA